GGACUCCAAGUCCAGAGACCUAGGCGAUGCUGCUCAGCUCCCAAGGGCAGAAAAGCCCGGAUGCUGGGGCGGGGAGCGGGCCCGGGCGGACUACAGCUCCCGAAGGGCUGCGGGCGGCUCCGCUUCCUGCCCCGGCCGCGGGAGCCCAUGGAGCCGACGGAGGGCGCCGAGGAGGAGCGGCUGGUGCAGUGCCCCGUGUGCCUGCGGGAGCUGCCGGGCGCCGACAUCAACCCGCACCUGGACCGCUGCUUGCAGGCCGGCGGGGCCGAGGCCGAGCCCCCCAGCAAGCGGCCGCGCCUCGCCGCCGCCCCGCCAGGCAGCCAGGCCGAGGGGCAGCCGGAGGAGACCCGCCCGGCCGCCGGGUCCCCCGUCUUCUCCCUCUUCCAGAAGGGCCGCGGUGGCGGGCAGAGCCCGGCGGCCGCCGGCGGGAGGAGCGGCGCGGGGCGGGACGAGGCCGCCGUGCCUCCGGGCCAUGGAUGCGCGGCCGCGCUCUGCGGGGAGAGCUUGGCGCAGAAGCUGGAGGGGAAGCCCCUGGCCGAGCGGCUGCGGCCGGACACGCUGGGGAACUACGUGGGGCAGGAGCGGGUGCUGGGGACGCAGACCCUGCUGCGGUCCCUGCUGGAAUCCCACGAAAUCCCCUCCCUCAUCCUCUGGGGGCCGCCGGGCUGCGGGAAGACUACACUGGCACACAUCAUAGCCAACAGCAGCAAAAAGAAUGGCAUGAGGUUUGUGACACUGUCAGCCACAAGUGCCAAGACAAAUGAUGUUCGAGAUGUCAUCAGCCAAGCCCAGAAUGAAAAAAGGCUCUUCAAGAGAAAAACUAUCCUCUUUAUUGAUGAGAUCCAUCGUUUCAAUAAAUCUCAGCAGGACACUUUCCUUCCUCACGUCGAGUGUGGGACGGUGACCCUGAUAGGAGCAACCACAGAAAACCCUUCCUUCCAAGUCAACGCCGCGCUCCUGAGCCGGUGCCGGGUGAUCGUCCUGGAGAAGCUCUCGGCUGAAGCGAUGGAGGCAAUUCUGAUGAGGGCCGUCAGGUUCUUAGGGCUCCAGGUUUUGGGCCAGGGCGACCAGCACGGCACCCCUGCGACUGGCAGCAGCAGCAGGAGCUCGGAAUUCCCGGUGUACAUAGAGGAGAAAGCUCUGAACACACUUGCCUAUCUUUGCGAUGGGGAUGCCAGGACUGGGCUGAAUGGACUCCAGUUGGCAGUUCAGGCCAGAGUAGCAGUGGGAAGGACCACUCCUUUGAACACCACUGCCAAAGGUGAUGCUGCAGAUGGCAUUCUGGUAACAGAAGAGCAUAUAAAGGAGGGUCUCCAGCGAUCUCACAUCCUGUAUGACCGAGCAGGAGAAGAACAUUACAACUGCAUCUCUGCCCUGCACAAGUCUAUGAGAGGCUCUGAUGAAAAUGCCUCCCUUUACUGGCUUGCUCGAAUGCUUGAGGGCGGUGAGGAUCCACUCUAUGUGGCAAGGAGGCUGGUGAGGUUUGCAAGUGAAGAUAUAGGACUGGCAGAUCCUCUGGCUUUAACACAAGCAGUUGCUGCUUAUCAAGGCUGUCACUUCAUUGGAAUGCCUGAGUGUGAGGUGAUUCUAGCACAGUGUGUAGUGUACUUUGCCAGAGCCCCAAAGUCUAUAGAAGUGUACAGGGCAUAUGGCAAUGUCAAGGAAUGCCUGAGGACACACACAGGACCACUGCCCCCUGUUCCUCUGCACCUGAGAAACGCCCCAACAAGGCUCAUGAAGAACUUGGGCUAUGGAAAAGGCUACAAAUACAACCCCAUGUACAAGGAACCUGUGGAGCAGGACUAUCUACCAGAAGAGUUGAAAGGAACAGACUUCUUCAAGGAACGAGAUACGUGACUGCUGUGCUCAGAAUGGGUUUUGAUUUUAUGACUCAUAUAUUUCUACUGGGAUAAAAAUUCCCCUUACUGUGUCAGCUGCCUUUUACCAUGGUUGAAAGAAUUAAGCCACCAUGCCUUCCAGAUACUUUUUUAUCCUUCUGCUUUUAUUGCUGUUGUUCGGAAGGUAUUUUGUAAAGAAUUGCAGUUAGGCAGUGUAGAAAUGCAAAAAUAAGCUUUAUCCAUAUAGUGCUAUCACUGGUUUAAAUGAAAUUAAGAAAAAACAAGAGACUUGUGUUUCUGGCUCUUACUGUGAGACAAGAAAUAUUACUGUGCUGCUUUUUAAAAUCAGCGUCUAUUUCAGAUUUUGAGAAUAUUGUUUUCCAGAAAAAUAGUAAAUUGUAUUCCCUCUGCUAAAAUACUGUACAAAAUAUAAUUACAGAGUAAUUUUUGCUUUUACGAUGUUUCAGAGACCAAUUUUGUAUGACAGUUAUUAAACCAAUAAAGGUGUUACAAAUAGUG